CUGGAUGGUCCUGGCUGUGCUCUGGUGUUCCAUGGUGCAGACCUUGCUGCUCCCGUCUUUCAUCUGGUCCUGCGAGCGCUACCGAGCAGAUCUCCGCACCGUGUGGGAGCAGUGUGUGGCUAUCAUGUCUGAGGAAGACGCAGAUGAUGAUGGUGUGUGUGAUGAUUAUGGUGAUGGCAGGAUCUGCAAAGUGAGAUUUGAUGCGAACGGCGCUGCAGCUGUGAAGCGGGACUCCCGGGACAUCAAGCUGCUGCCCAUGCACCACAUGUUGUUGCCCCAAGACAAGGUGCACUACCUGCAGGUCCCUAUCUCACGGAGAAUGUCACAUGAUGAGACUAACAUCUUCUCCGCCCACCGCUCUGCUCCAUCCUUCCUACACAAGUGGUCUUCAUCUGACGACAUCCGCAUUGCUACCCCCCGCAAGCCUGGGGCCCCUGGAUUCUUGCCUCCUCAGCUGCAUGACUACCAGCACCGCCGGCGGCCCCCAGAAGAUGAGCUGACAACCCUACGGCAAUUUUUGGAGGGGGGGCUACUGCCCCGGGGCUCCAGCUCCAGCGCCUGCUUCUUCCGAGAUGAGAUCACCACAUUCAUCGACGAGACGCCGCAACCCACCCCAGCCUGCAGCCCACGGCACUCCCGUCUCCUGCUCGCAUCACGCCGCGAUCGCCGCCUCUCCCUCGGCAGCAGAGAGGAGGAGAAUGCCGACCGGCCACGGCGCUGCUCCGUGGUUGGCAACGAAGUCUGGCAUCUGCAGAGCGGAGAGCAGGCGCCAUGUGAAAGGACCCUUGAGGCCUGCGAGCCACAGACCUUCCAGGAUCCCAAACUAUGAGAGACAGCAUCAAAAACAUUCAGUGCCAUCAUGAUUUUUAAAUAAAACUGCAAGUGUUCCCUUUGUUCCGGGACCCAAUCACUAAUUUGCAUUCUCAUCUUUCUCGCCAGCAGGCAGGAAACACAGCACCCCACUCUGUUGGGGUAAAAAAGAAGUGGGACAGAUCCGCAGAAGGGAGCACAACAGAGGGACAGCCAGCCUGUGCCUGCUCUCAGGUUACAAACACAUCCACUGCUGCCACCGCCACUUGGCAUCCUCGCCAGUCCCGUCCCUUUGUGAACUCCACCCUCGCAUCCGCUCUGCCCUAAGAGAAAAGGCAGGUGCAGAAUGGUAUUAAAAUUCUAUAUUUGGAGUGUCAA